AUGAGACUUGUGAACGAGAGAAGUCGCUGCGAGACAAGAGUAAAGAAAACACAUAGAGACAGUCACAAAAACAAACAGAACAUUAGACAUCACAGCGAUGUUGCUGUAGUUUGCAAAUCCACGAGUCAACAUUUUAAACUUCAUAUUAAUGUUUUGAGUAGCUACGACGAUGAAAUAUGUUUGAAUCAUCAUCAUCUUUUCAAAACUAGGAUGAAACUUUCAACUACUAUUGGUUGCUUUCCUGAUGCGACAUUUUUACAGAAAUGGUUGACAAUCUCGUUGACAGUUUGUUCAAAAUCAAAGUUGAUACUUUCAGGAUUUCGAAGAUGUCGGUCUUUGAUAUUUAUUUUAGUUUUUUUGCAGGAUAGGUCUCUUUUGUGUCCCUCUCUCCCUAAAAGAUCUGACAAAAGGCGGAGUUUUUGGAAAGGACAUAAAAAACCUUGUCAGUUGUUAUUGCUGAUGCAAUUGGAAAAAAAAACUGCACUUCAAUCAUUGAAAAUCGAAAAAACUAUUCAACUCAACCAAAUGAAGAACUUAAGAAGGCACAGUGGUAGAUUUCAAUGGAUAGAUUUAACAUUGAAAGGAAAACUUCGUAUGAACGGACAUAAAGAGAAAUGA